AUUCGUUUUGUACACGAAUAAUACAAGGGAGACGAUGUUUUGGUUCACAAGCAAGCGGAGAAGAUGACGGCAAAAUGAGACCUCUUCAUAAGUUAGUUUCUCUACUUUCGCAGCCCGAAAGCUGCAGUAAAUCUUCAUCUUGUGUAUUCUAGUUUAAAAGGCAGAUGUCCUUUUGUCGCGAAGCUCUGUCGAAGGUCGCAACUUUCGUUUCUGAAGCUGGCCUGGGCCCCGGGAUUGCAGUAAAUUGAGGCGGUCACACUGAAUUGACAUUGUUUGUUUCAUCAAAACGCGUGUGUAGAGAGCCAGAGGUUAACGAUGGAUGUGAACGGAAUGACACCUUCCAUCCUUGGUCAACCAGGGAAGAAGUGCACCAGUUACAAGCUACUGGUCGAUCCAAACAUCAAGAAGAAUUGCCAAAAGUUAAUCAGAUAUGAUGGCAUCGUUCCAGGACAAAUGGGUCAAGCGCUUUCUGUGAAGUUUGUGAAGGAUCCUCGCUCCAGAUUAACAAGACUAUGGAGGGACACAGAGAUUGCAGAUUUGCCCAUUCCAAAAAUGAAGUUUGAUGAAUACUUUGUUGGUGAGCUUCCUCCGAAGCAAAUCACUUUCACCAACCUCAAUGACAACGUUCGCGAGCCUUUCCUGCGCAGCAUGGCUGAGAAGCACGGCAAGGUGGAAGACAUCACGAUCUACAGGCAUCCAAAGACCUCCAAACAUCUGGGCCUUGCAUCAGUGACCUACACAAGCACCAGGUUCGCCAGGCAGGCAGCAUUGGAGAUGAACCGUACAUCUGUUAUGGGGAAGAUCAUCAUUGUGCAGAUUGAUGCUGGUGGAAAGGAAUGCCAAAGAAUUUUUGACUGUCUAGUUGCCGACAAGCCAAGCACACCAAGUAGCGUCGGUUCUACACCACGCGUUGAUCCUCGAAAUGGGACUCCGCUGUCUGGUCCAGACACUCCUCAAAAAAAUAAUGAUCCAAGGCGCUUGUCUCUGGAGAAACAAUCUUCUGUAGUAACGGACACACCAGCUUCAUCCAUUUCAUCUUCGACUCCGGGAUUCAUGCCUCCAGAAAGCCAAGGGAGCUUUCCUGCUUUUGCGGAACAACCUGUGCAACAGUUCCAAGGAAUGCCAGCCCCGAACGAUCCGCAGUUCCAGAUGCCCGAACAACCUUCCCAACAGGACAUACUUAUGCACAGCAUGAAUUCUGUAACGUUGCAAGGAUACGAACACAUGCAGAAUGUAUACGCUGCCCAGCAAGCCGCCCAGCUCGCCGCACAACAGGCACAGCAGGCUGGUUAUGCCCAGCAACACGUUGAACAAAUACCACGUACCACAGCAGCAGCAGGGAUGUAUGCUCAACAAACUCCAGUGCAGCAGGUACAAGAUGGGUUUACAAUGCCACAGACACCCUCUGUUCCUCCUGUGCCUGAUCAACAUAUGCUCUAUGGACACCAGCAACAUCCUGCUAUUUCGCAGGAUCCGUCUGCAGUCAAUUUCCAAGCCACCCAGCCUUACCAAACUCAACCUAUGAACGUUCAAGGUUACAGUGCCCACGAACUCCCAAUUCAAAAUCAGACUGAAAUGCCAGGAUAUUCCUCGAGCGGUGCAGUCGAUAAUUCAAAACAGUAUCAAAAGGUGGAUCAUGCACAGUCCAGUAUGAAACAGAACUACAUGGCACGCGGUGAGUCGCAUCAUGCACAUUCAGAGGAAAGCCAAGAAUCUUUCCACAGUCGUUCGUACCAGUCACAUUCAGGAAGGGGCCAGAGACACUCUAAUCAGUCUGGUUCAAAGCGAUAUGAUGAAGACAGAGGUUCGAAGCGAUUUGACGAUGAUAGAGGUUCGAAGCGAUUUGACGAUGAUAGAGGAUCAAAGCGAUUUGACGAUGAUAGAGGUUCAAAGCGAUAUGAUGAUGAUCGAGGUUCAAAGCGAUAUGAUGAUCGAUCAAAAAAGUGGGAUCGAAGGGAUAGACAGGACUAUCAUUCAAACAAACGCAAUGAAAGGCAACGGUAUCGUAGUCAGGAUAACAGUGAAGAGAAUGAUGAAGAUGGGGGCAGUAAUCGCCAGAAAGACCAUCGACGUGGCAACUUUCGGUCGAGAGACUCAAGUGACAGACAUCGCUUUGAUGACUCAUAUCAUAAAAAGUCUUUCCAUAAGAAAGAUGAUGAGGAAGAUGAACAUGAAAGUAGUCGAAGUCACAGAGCCGGUUCUAAAUCUAGGGGGUAUGAUAACAAGUAUUCUGAUUCUAGGACUUACAGAGAUGAUCACAGAGACAAAAAGAAGACCAGAGAAUUUGAUAAAGAAGAGAGUGGGGAUCAUUUUGCAAAGUGGCGCUGUCCCACACUGAAAGACCAAGAAGUGAAGCCGAAAGAGGAAUCCUACAAGUUUGAUAAAUGGGAAAUCCCCAAAGGAAAGUCACUACCUCCAGCACCGGUUAGAGAAACAAACAAGUUUGAUCAAUGUCAUCCACCUGGAGAAGAGCCACCGUCAACUUCUCCUGAAGAUGUCUCGCCCUUUGAAGAGUGGCAGUGUCCACCUGGUGAGGAACCACCUCCUGGCACCAUGCCAUUGGUCUUACCAUCCCAACCAUUCCCACCCGGUGUUCAGGAAGCCCCUCUCCCCAGCGUGGAAGCAGACAAGGUAUCACAAUCUGAGGGAGAAGACACUGACAGUUUUGCCCUAAGCUUGGACACCAGGAUUGAAAAAUUGUUGAAGAGUUCCCAAGGUCCCAUGGCUGGUUUUCCAGGAAUCCAGCUUGAAGACUCCGGCAAUGCAGGUAAGAAUAGCAGUACUACUACGACGUUACCACCCCCUGGCACUGAGGAACCAACAUUCUCACAGAGUGAAGAGUCUGUCAGGACAUCUGAUCCCGAAACCAAUACAAAUUACAUGAAACCGGAAGAACAGUGGGGUAGGUACAGACAGGAACAGCAUCCUAGAACUGAUCAUCAGGUGGAGCAGCAUCAGUGGGCUCCUGGACACUUGCCCCAUUCCCACGUCCCUGAUCCAGUCCAUCAUCCACGUCUGGACCACCUGAAACCAAGUGCUAACGGCAAUGAUGCCUUUGCACGGCCUCAUUCCACCCCAACACCACCGGGUAGACAGUCUGCUUCGGCCACCCCUCCCCCAGGGAAAAUGUCCCAAGGAGUUGAACUCUUGAUUAGCAAGCAGUUACAGAAUCUACGGAACUACGACCAGCAGACUGCAAGUAGAGAUACCUCACCCAUCUCAGAUGUAAUGAGAGACAGAAGUCAAACAUCAACACCUGGCAUUGAAGAUUACCAUAUGCAUAGGGGACCAAUGCAGUAUACACCAAUGGACACAGCUGCAGAUGAUGAUGAUGAUAAGAUGAGUUUGUCUUCACUAAGCAGUGGAGAUGACACAAAGAUUGUUGUGAAUGUGCCAAUACCCGAGAAGAAACCUCAGGCUCCUGGAAUGAACUCAAUGGCGUAUGCCACAUCUCAGGCCUCCUGGACUACGAACUUGAACCAGCGUAGCACGAACGUUGUGAAUGCGUGGGCGGCACAGAUGAUGCCUCCGAGUAGCGCAGGAAAUGCCGCCCAGAUGAACCUUCAGGGUAGUCAAAACCAGACUUCGGGUUACAGACCGAACCCGAUGUUCCCACGUGGUCCGCCCCCGUCGCUUCACGGGAUGCGUCCUCAGGCAUCCAUGGAGGCAUUCCUAGAAAGCAUGCAGCCUCCGUCCUCCUCAAGUAGCCUUGAUGAAAUUCCUACAAAUGCUCAGAUGAUGCAGAUGAUGCAGACGAUGGCCAGCUUGGGCAUGCCUCCGCCGUCUAUCGGCCCCGAUGGAUUGCCAGAUUUCAAGCCGGAACAGCUGGCCAACCUCAACUUCCCUGGGCAGCUCAACCCCUUCAACUCUCCGGACAUGCUGCCGUUCAACAUGCCUCCCGGGUUCCCCAGCGCGAGCGCACCUCCCUGGAUGGCUGCACCAUUCAUGCCUCCCAUCCCAGAGUCCCUGCUACCCUCCUCUUUAGACAAACCUCACCGUGACCCGGAGAAAGAACUUGUCAAUGAGGUGCUCAAGACUGUCAUUCAGGAGAUGAAGAUAAUUAUGAAGAAAGACUUGAAUCGCAAGAUGGUCGAGUCCAAAGCCUUUAAAUCCUUUGAAACUUGGUGGGAUACAUGUCAGAUAAUGGCUAAAGCAAAGCAAAUGAUGAAGCCCAAGGAGGAGGAGAAGGUACCUAAGAAACCACCCCCUGCCAUACCCAGCAUGCUAGAAUCAUCCUUCUCAGCAUUUGGUAUGGAAGGCUUAGGGCUAGGACUCCGAGCAAAUAUGCCAAGGAUGCCCUCGUUCAAGGUCAAGAGGAAAGCAGCAUCACCAUCCCCUAACGAUGAGGUUGAUGAUGUAGAUGAUGAUGUCAAAGCAGUGGAUAAGAAGAGACCCUUCACUCCUCCUGUCAUCGAUGAGGAUUCUGAUGAUAUGUCAGACACGGAGCAAGACGAAAUCACCGAAAUCUCCAGCCAGACUUCGGAACCCCAGGUCCUGGACCGGCGGGAACGGGCAAAGAGAGCCAGGGAAUUCAUCUACUCAUCCAGUAGCGACGACGACGAAGAGGAUGACGACAAAGAAGAUGCAGAGCUGGAGAAAGAACUGGAGGAGGAAGAUGAGGACGAGGAUGAGGAGGAAGAGGAUGAUGACGAGGAAGAAGAGGAUGAGGAAGAAGAUGAAGAUGAAGAGGAAGAAGAUGAAGAGUUGGAGGUCAUUAUGAAGGAGGUGGCCAAGAAGAAGCUGGAGAAGGCUCCAUCACGGAAGGACGAAGUUACGGCCGAUGAUUUGGACAAAGAAGAGGAGAGUCAGGACACACAGGAGUCCGAGACACCAAGCAAAGUAACUCUAGACAAGCCAAGCCUCUCUGAUGCAUCUGAUAUCGAAUCUGACGAGGAUUGGACCGAGAGUAGCUCCAGCUCUGAGACGGAAUCCUCCAGUUCCGAAUCGGACUCUGAAUCGUCUGAUUCAGAUGAAGACGACGUAGAAGGGAAAGCACCAUCCACCAAGGAGAGCGCUGCAGAAGACAAGGAGGAUCGGCUUGGUGCCUUUGAGAUCCUUGUGGAGAUGGCCACCAAGGCCAAGGACAAGCUUGACCAGUCGUCAUCGGACACUGACAAGGGUGUCCUUGGUGAUGUGGACAUGGAGAUGUCGGACAUCCAAGCGGCCCAGUCUCUCACGGCCCUUCGCCAUGCCAGCGAGACCUCGGAGGUCGGCGAGAUGUCGGCCUUCAUUGGAGAUACUUCCGCCACCAUGGACGACUCCUCAGAGAAGACCAUGUCAGGAUCGGAAGGAGACGUGGAUGUAGGAGAUUACAAGACACUUCUGACGAAACAACUCAAGAUUGUCCUGGAGCCUUUGGCCAUCGUUGACCACACCUACUGCCAGAAGCCUACACCGUCCCCCGACAAGGUAGAGCCUGCUCCUGCCGCCGAAGAACUCAAGAAACAGGAGGUCCUCACCGAGAAGAUCAACAACCUCAUCCCGGAGGUCAAAUACGUGACCCUCGACAAAGAGAAGGACAAGGAGGAGAAGCAGAGGCAGAAGGUGGAGAAGGCCGAGAAGAAGAAGGCGCGGAAGCGGAAGAACGAGCUGGCUAAGAUCCUGGAGGAAGAGAUCGUCAUCGUCCCGGAGCCGAAGGUGAAGGAGUUCAAGCUCAGGAACUACUACGAGGAGUGGACGCUGCUCUAUGAGUUCCUCAGGAGUGGUAUCACUCACGAGGAUGCAUACUUGAUCAGGAAGAGUUAUGAGACCCUCCUGGAAGCUGGCAACUUCCCCUGGCUAAGCUACACCCAUUGGAUGGCACAUCCACUGACGGCAUGUCCAGACCCGCCGCAACCCAAGAGGAAGAAGCUUGAUGAAGAGAGCAGGGUGCACCUCUCAGGGUCAUCCAGGACGGAAGGCUACUACAAGAUCUCCAACAAGGAGAAGGUCAAGUACCUGACCAAGGCUCGGACCUACGUCCAGGAGAGCGUGACGGACAGCAGCGCCUUGGAUGAAUCCACAACCAAGAAGAGAAUAGAGGUGUCGAGGGAUGCUCGAUCUGACCAACGUCGGUUCAUCGCUGUCCUCCAACAACAAGAAGAACAAGUGUCCAAUCUGUUCAAGUUUAACCAGCUACAGUUCCGUAAGAAGGACAUCAAGUUCUGCAAGAGUUCCAUUCAUGGCUGGGGUCUGUAUGCCAUGGAACCCAUCGCUGCCGAUGAGAUGGUGAUCGAGUACGUCGGCGAAUCCGUCCGUCAGAGCAUCGCGGACAGCAGGGAGAAAGCCUAUGAGCGUAUGGGCAUCGGCAGCAGCUAUCUCUUCAGAAUCGAUGCCGUCACGAUCAUCGAUGCAACCAAGUCUGGUAACCUGGCAAGAUUCAUCAACCAUAGCUGCAAUCCCAACUGCUACGCCAAGAUCAUCACGGUGGAAUCAGAGAAGAAGAUUGUCAUCUAUUCCAAGCAGACCAUCAACGUAGGAGACGAGAUCACAUACGAUUAUAAGUUCCCUAUUGAAGAUGAAAAGAUUUCUUGUCUUUGUGGUGCUGCCCAGUGUCGUGGAACACUCAAUUAACACUGGCCCAGCAAGCACUCAACACCUACAUUGCCUGUGGUUAAGAUGAUAUUCUUUGACUGGGUGCUGCGAUCCAGUGUCGUGGAACACUCAAUUAGCACUGGCCCAGCAAGCACUCAACACCCAUGUUGCCUGUGAUUAAGAUAACACUCUUUGCCUGCGUGCUGCUAUCCAGUGUUGUGUGACACUCAACUCACACCAGAGUUCAGCAAGCACCAGAUACCUCCAGAUAACAUAUGAUAACAAGAUGAUUCUUUUUUCUUUGAGAUGCUGUCCAGCGUUAUAAAACACUCUAUUAACACCAGAACUUGGCAAACACUGGACACCUCUACAUGACCCAUGAUUACAAGAAUAGUCUUGUCUCUUUGGUGCUGCCCAGGUGUCAUGGAACACUUGGCUAAUACCAACCUCACAAGUAUUUGAUACAUGUACCUCCAAUUUGUAUAACUGGUUAAGUGUAUAUUUGGUGUUUCAACUCCAUCCACAUUAGACACCAACACAGGAAGCAUGCAAUAUCAUCUAAUUGCCCGUUUGGAGCCAGAAGGGUGUUAACUCAUAUCAUUUUCCAUUCACCAUUGUGUUUCCAAACAGACGGAAUGGUUUCUUAUAAUUAGAGUUCUGCUGGGAGAUAUGUCAAAUGUUUUCCAUUAUAUCUUUUGUUUCUUACAGCUGCAUGUGAACGUUGUCAAAUUGCACUUAACAGUAUUCAAAUACUUGCAGUGGCGCGGUUACUUGAAAUAAUGAUGUUGAGCUUGCAAUGUGAAUCUCUAAUUCACUUUCAAUCGGUCAAUAAUCAAUAUUUCUGUGAAGCACAUUUGCAGUGGUGCAGUUGUUACAGCAUUUGGCUUUUAUUGAGUGGUUACAAAAUGACAGCACAUCAACAAAAGAGUUUGCUUUGCAUAGCAGUGUACCUGUGUUUCUAAAUGAGCUCUAAAUAGUUUUGAAUGGAGUAUAGUCAUGUGAAGGCUGUAGCUGUAUAGUUGAAUAAGAAUCGUUGAUAGAUCAUUUGGCUUUUAUAGAUUUUCAUUACAAAAAAGAUUGUGGCAUGCCGCAAAUCUGUUUUGCAUUAGAAGUGUACUUGCAUUUGGGAAUUGAGAUUCAAGUAGUUUCGGAUUGAAUUAUGUAACCAUGAAUAUGAGUGAGAACACACCUAGGCAGAUACCAUGCAGGCAUGGCCUCUGUAAUGUGUUUCUCAGUCUCAGUUAUGCAGCAUGUUCCCACUGCUAAAUGUAUUCAUAGAUGUUGGGGAAAGCAGUGCUAGGUUUUAUUGAGCACAAGACUAGACUAGAACUCCUAUUUGAGGAAAUGCAUAGACCUGUGUAAUGUGGAAAUCAAUUAAUUUGAAAUGUGAUCGGCAUUUUUUUUUUUUUACAGCAUCGGGAGAUGUUCUUGAAUUACAAAAUAUUGGAGGGAACUGGUUAACGUGUCUUCUCAUCGUCAUGUUUGGUUGUACAACCUUUGUGAAUCUGUCUUUUAUUUUUGGUGUGCCAACAAUGUAAGUCCAUUCUUUGUAAAGCAUAGAAAUACACAUCUAGAAAUAACCUUGUGUACAAAAUGAAGUUUGUGCUCGAGGCUAGUUCAAAUAGAUUUUACAAUUAGUACAGAGUUGAAUAAAUGAAGUCCUGUCCACAAUUCUUCCAAAAUUAUAUUCUUAUUUUGGUUGUUUAUUUGUUGUCUAGUUUAAACAUUUUGCAGUAUAUUUUGUUAUGCGCAGUACGUUAUAUUUUCAUUGUCUGAAGACUUGCUUGUAAUUCAAACUGUAGUUUAUAAUUUGCAUUUCAAUUAUUCACAAACUUUUCUGAAGAGUUCUCUGUUACAAUACUUUGUAAGUUGUGUUAUUUUUUCAGUAUUAAACUAAAGUAAGUCCUUCAGUAUUGUUCACUAUUUGACUGAAAUAGGAGGUUUCCACUUAGUGGAGUGGAGGUAUUGUGAUUUUUGCAAGAGUUAUGACUCUGCAUCAUUGUUCUUGGGUAGAAAUUUUUUGGUACACCCUUUAGCUUCAAAGUAGCGUUGUGAUGUGCACGCUCUUAGCUUGUGACUUGUGGUCACAAAAUAAUCAGAGGCCUAGCUUGAUGUAUGCAAACUUUGACUUGAACAAAGAUGUUCAUGUGUGGGUAUAUAGUCGUUCGUCAAGUAGGCAACUUGGCGAUCACUACAUAACACUGAGUCAACAGGUAUUACGCUCCUGUCCAUGUGCUGCCCUCUAUAUACCAGCGCAUGAGCAACUUUCUCCUGGAGUGAGUGUAGGGGAUAUGUUCAACAUUGUCCACUUGCUAGUUGCUACACAGUCGACAGGGCUUGAAGUUUGGAAAUUUGACAUUGAUGUCCAUUUCCAAUUGAUGUUUAUUACUUGUUUUUUAAAUACAGCAUUGUUGAGAUAACAUUGUAUUCCUCUGAAUGUUAUUUCUUGGUUUCGUCCUGGAUUGAGCUUCCGGAAAAAAUUAAUUACAAAAUUUUCAAUCAAUACAUUAUCAUGUAUCUUGAAUGGUAUACUUGAAACUCCCAACUUGAGUUCCAUCUGGACAUUUUUGCAUAUUUUUGCAAUCACAUGUGACCCAUAAAGACAUUUUACGGGAUAAUGUAUCUCGUGUCGUUUAUAUGUUGUCGGUUUACAUGAAAUGUGUAUGCUAAUGAUGUGUGUGCAGCUAUAUGUUAAGUUGCAUAUAUCUUGUAUGUGAAAGGCAUGCAUCUGGUUUUUAAAUUCAUUCAGUAUGUUGUACUUGGAUUUUUUGCAGCUACAAAAAACUUUGCUGCACCAAGCGAGGUAGUUAAAUGUAUGUGUAUUAUAUUUUGUUUAAGAGUUCAAUUAUCAUUGGCAUGUAUAUAUAUAGAACAAUUUGAUCAUGUUUGAGCUGUUUUUGGAGAAUAGAUUAAUGAGGAUCAACUUCUUGCAGGGUUGUCCCUGAAAGUUAUUUUCUAGUCCCAACAGGACUAAUUGAAAUAUGAGGCGCACAAACAAUAAUUGCUUAUUUCUACUCUAUUCAUGUGUACAUUUUUUCUGUAUUAUUUUAUUGAUUUCAUUUUGUAUAAAGGUUCAUGUAGGUUCUUGUUCUAAUGAUGCGUGAUAAAAGUACAAAGUUUUGCUGAUGUGUGUAUGUACAUGUACUCUGUUUUCAAUUUGUAUUGUAAAUACACAGAAAUAUAGCUUACAUUUUCCCUUUGAAAUCAAACUUGAGAAUGUACAGAAUAUAAAAUGCAAAAUGUUUGUAUCUCA